GGAAGACCUCUCCUGUCAAAAUGGCAAAGGGAAUGUAUCUGGAGCAUUACCUGGACAGUAUCGAGGGCCUUCCUUUUGAAUUGCAGAGGAACUUCUCUUUGAUGACCGAUUUGGACAAUAGGACGGAAGAAAAGAAGGGAGAGAUUGAUCGACUAGCGGCUGAGUAUAUAGAAAAUGUUAGAAACCUGGCGUCCGAGGAGCGUGUCCAGCACUUGCAGAGGAUUGAAAAUGCUUACAGUAAAUGUAAAGAGUACAGUGAUGACAAGGUUCAGCUUGCCAUGCAGAUAUACGAAUUGGUGGACAAGCACAUUCGGCGGCUGGAUGCUGAUUUAGCCCGAUUUGAAAGUGAUCUGAAGGACAAACUCAACUCGGGUGGCCAUGAGAGCUCAGAUGAAAAAAAAUCUAGGAAGGACAAAGGCAAUAAAGAGAAGAGGGGAUCUAAUGCGAGGGACAAGAAAGGAUCCGAUCUGGACUCCCCCAAGCAGAAAAGACACAAAAACAGCCCCACCGUCAGUGACUCAGUUCUUGCCAUGCACCCGUCAGAUGUGCUUGACAUGCCGGUGGAUCCAAAUGAACCGACUUACUGCUUGUGCAGUCAGGUCUCUUAUGGAGAAAUGAUAGGCUGCGACAAUAGUGAUUGUCCAAUAGAGUGGUUUCACUUCGCUUGUGUUGGCCUUACUUCAAAACCAAAGGGAAAAUGGUACUGUCCUCGCUGUAUCCAGGAAAUGAGGAAAAAGUAGAGUCUCUAUCAUGUUUACUGUCA